AUGAAUAACUUUUGUUCUUCUGAUGUUGUUGAUCCCCUAAUGGAGGAACAUGAACAUAGUCCUCCUCUUCAACCCGUGCAAGACAAAACUGUUAUUCAUCAACAACUUUAUAGUUCUCAUGUUCAAGAUGUGAGAACCUUAAACGCUCCUAGGAUGGAAGACAAUAAUACUUUGUCAAAUAAUUAUAAUGACAAAAGUAGUAAUGGCUUACUAAAUUAUUCUGAGAUGAAUAUGAUGAGAAUAAAGGCUGCUAUUGAAGCCAACGUGCACAAAAUGCAUUUUCAUCAUAUUUAUAAUUAUAUGAACAAUCGUCCUUCACUAUUGAAGAGAGGGUUGGUUCCAGUUAUGGCAAUGGAUGAGCUUGGAUGUCGUUAUCUUCAGGCGAAGAUCGAUGAGGGUAACUUCCUAGAUGUUGAGAUUAUCGUCUCAGAAGUUAAGGAUCGUUUACACCAGCUCAUCACACACCCUUUUGGAAACUACUUGAUUCUAAAGAUUUUUCAAGCAAAGGAUAUUGUCACCAUGGAUCAGAUUAACUCUCUUUCUUUCAUGCUUAUCUCAAAUGAUCAAAAGCUCUUAGAUGUUUGCAUCCACGAUCAUGGAACUCGGGUUAUGCAGAAUAUUCUGGAGAAUAUUGAAAACACUUUCACAUUAUAUGAGGUUACGCGUGCUGUGGGGCGUAUCAUUGUUGCAUUGAUGAAAAAUAUUAAUGGUAGCUAUGUUGUUCUGCAGUGUUUGAAGCUUUUCCCGCCCGAAUUCAAAGAUAUCAUCUUGGAUGAAGUAGUAAGAAAUUGUGUUAAUGUUGCAAGAGAUAAAGUUGGAUGUUCGGUUAUUCAAAAAUUCCUUAGACAUGUUGUGGGAAAUGCCAUAACCCUGUUGAUUGUAGAAAUAAUCUCAAAGGCUAUGGUCCUAGCAGAAGAUUCAUAUGGAAACUAUGUGGUGCAAUAUGUAAUUAAAAUGAUGUGGCCGAGAGCAAACCAAAUGAUAAUAGAAGUGCUUCGCGGAAAAUUUGUUAGACUUUCUCUGAACAAGCAUGCCAGCAAUGUGGUAGAAGAUCUUCUGAGAUAUUGUGAAUAUAAUGAUGCUGCGGUUAUAGUUGAGGAGAUAAUGAGAAGCCGUGAUUUCUUGACUGUUCUUAAGGAUCCCUUUGGAAAUUAUGUAGCCCAAAGAGCAUUACAGUGCACCAAGGGUCGUCUUUGUAGAGAACUUUGUCAUCUCAUUAUAUCCAAGAACAGAAAACUUCGUAAUCAUCUUUAUGGGAAAAGGGUGUUGGCAAUGGCUACAGCAUGUUUAAAAGUACAAUGA